CUGGCAUGUUUUCGGUUGUCGCAGACUUUGAAUCAUGUCCGAAAUCUUCAUUGGAUUGUGGUAGAAGAUGGUAAAUCGACGGUGAAUGCAAUCGACCGACUUCUAUACAGAAGUACCAUACCCUACGUUUACCUCGCUACUACAACAGCGCCUGGAAUGCCAAGUCGCGGUUGGACGCAUCGAAAUUUGGCGUUACAGUAUAUCAGGGAAAAUUACAGUCCACAAACGGAUGCGGUACUGUAUUUUGCCGACGACGAUAACUCGUACGAUGUUCGAUUGUUUGACAAGUAUAUUCGAAAAGUAAAGCGAUUGGGAAUAUGGCCAGUAGGACUCGUGGGUGGAGCAUGGGUAGAAGCACCGAAGGUGGGUGCUAAUGGCAAAGUGGUGGCGUGGGAUGUGAUGUACGCUCCGCACCGAGAAUUCGCCACCGACAUGGCAGGAUUUGCAGUUCACAUCAAAGAAUUGUUCCGGGUAGAAAAUGCGACCUUCAGCAAGACCUGUGCAAAAUCAGCCGGUUUCGGGCCAGAAUCGUGCUUUUUGACGCAGUUCGGCUUCAAGAAACAAGACGCCGAACCUUUUGGACAUAACGACACACCAAAAGACAUACUUGUGUGGCAUACAAAAACAUCAGCCUCAAAAGUUUCUGGUCCUAUGAGGGGAUUCGUCCUCGAAUAG